GGUUUCUUAAAACAUUUAAAGGUUUCGAAAUUUGAGAGCUGUUUGUUUUGAUUUUACACUCGGGUGUUUCCCUUAGUAGUUUUUCCUUGGAAAAUGAAUAUUUUGCCCAAGAAAAGAUGGCACGUCCGGACGAGGGAAAAUAUCGCUCGAGUUCGGCGGGAUGAGAAGAAAGCUGCAGAAGAGGAGAAGGAACGCCUCAGGAAAAUCGCUCUUGCUGAGCAAGAAGCCCGGAUUGAUACCCUGCGGCAAAAGGUCAAAAAUCGUCUUCCGGAAACUGAUAGCCAAGCGCAGAAGGACGAAGCAUCUAAUCGAGAAAUCCAGGAAAAAUUGAGAUCUGGGGAGCAUGUGAAUUUCUUCAGUGAUCUGGAAACUGGUAAGUACCAGUCAGAUGCACAAAAUGCUGAACAUAUAAAGGAGAAGAAGGAAGAGAAAGAAAAGUAUGAGAAGCAAGUUGGAUACUUGACGUACUUGGGUCAGGAUACAAAUGAGGCUCUGGGCAAGAGAAGUUGGUACGAUGAGCCCCCAAAGAGAGAAGACACCCUCACAGAAGGGGGGAAAAUUGUAGAGAAAGGUCUCAAAACAAAAAUGUACAAUGAUCCUCUCAAUGUGAUGAAGAAAUUCUUGGCUGCAGGCAGUUCCAAAGCCUCCAGUUCAGUCCCAACUCCCAAUCCCACCCUCCUCAAGACCUAUGAAUCCAUGAUCCAGGCCUACAGAGAAAAAUCCAAGUCCCGGAAGAAGGCCAAGAAGCACAAGUCAGAGAAGAAAAAGAAGAAGAGAAAGAGAUCCAGGAAGAGCUCGUCAGAAUCCGAAAAUGAAGCCGAGAGACAAGUGAAGAGAGCCAAAUUGGAGAAAUUGAGAGCUGAGAGACUGGAAAGGGAGAAGGCAGAACGGCAGAGAACAGAAGCUUUUCUGGCCAAGCUCAGGGGGGAUCCUGAACCCAAAAAAGAACCCGCAAAAUCAGACAAGGAACUUCCUGUGAGGCCAAUGAAGCAGAAAUACAAUUCUCAAUUCAAUCCAGAACUCGCUAAACAAAAUUACGACAGGAGGUACUGAAAAUUCCAAGGGCGUAGUCAAUCAGGAGUAAACCACAAAUUUCUUUGUUUUAUUGUAAAAAAAAAUAUUAAAGAUAAUUUUACA